CUCUUGAUGUAGCUACCUGGUGCUUUCCCCUACCUUGACGUUCAGGUACGAUUCUGGUCGAAACUUUACCGAAACAGAUAUUCUUCAGCAGAGUUGGUUUAUGGGACGUUCGAAAUGCGUUAAAAACUGAUUUUUUUAAUGUUAGGUGGUGAAGACAACAUUAAUUCGGGACUCAGUUGCUAGACGCACCGUGUGUACUAUCUUGGAGGCAGUAAGUCAUGUCCGUCAGCAGCCCUGGCAGUCUGAGACAAAGCUCGGGGCCCGCCAGCUCCAGGUAUGGAUUCAGCCGGAGAAGCAGCCAGGGGGUGUCCUACGAGGAGCGCUGUGUGGACCCAGUGGAAGACAGGCUCCCCACUCCAGAGCCAAAGACAGUCCACAAAGCUCACCUGAAAGAUGCUAAUGGAAAGGAGUCAGAGACCAUCGGCUUCAUUCCCGGCUCAGUUGAGCCUCCCUCUGCGACACAAACCUGCAAUCCCUGCGCUCCUCCGGGUAGCUGUAGGACCUUUGUGUGCAGCGUGCUCACCUGCGGCCUGUAUAGGGUCUGCCAGCGUUCUGUCCUCGCUCCAUGCCUGGCGCCAAACGAGAGCUCCCCAGACGAACCAGAGAAGGUGAACCUCAGAUCUGUGAACCCAGGAGACAACAAAGAAGAGGACGGCACAGACUGGCCAUGGGACGUUCGCAUCAACGGAGUCAAAGUUGAGAGUCUGGGAGAGGAUUUAGAUGUUGAAACCGAAUCUCCAUCGUAUGUGCCUCCGCGUGGUGGUCAAACACAGCCAAGGCACGCUUCCCUGCAUGAGUCUAUGGGGAUUGACGACGUGGAGGAUGGCGAGGAGGACGUGGAUUCUCUGAUUACUAAGAAGCUGCUGGAGCUCUACUCUGAGUAUCAGAUCGAAGAGUUGGCCCGGUGCACCUCGGACUCUGUGUUUCUGAGAAAGACCAAGGCCAUAAACCAGCUCAUCAACUCACUGGCAGAGGAGCACAAUAUAGGCGAGCGAGAUGCCGAGUGCCGACUCGUGCGCGGCAUCAUCCGCAUCAGCACCCGGAAGAGCGCAAAGAGGAGGCCGCACAUCUCCAGGAUGGAGAGGACGCUGUCGGACAGCGGGAAUGAGACAAUGAGGGGGAGCGAUUCCUUUACGUUCAGCAACAACAAUGACUCCAAAUCAAAUCCAAACAUCCAAAUAUCUGAGCUGACCUCCUCUGACAAGUGUGCCAGAGAGAUGUGGAGGACCAAUGGAGGUCAUAAUUCUACUUCUCCAACUGCCUACUCGUCCUCUCACAGAGAGACUAAUUCGACAGGUGUCCCACUGAUUCGCACCUCUGUGAGAACAUGAGUUCUGCCCAGCACUGACGAUCUACGCUCAGAUUUACUUAAUGUUAUGCUGUGUCCAUAAUGUCCCAUACGGGACGUUAAAAGGCAACGCUCCUUGCACAUUAGUCUGUGGCCGAGCCGAGCUCUUUGUAGAGACCGUGGCUUUGUCGUGGGAAAAGAAAAUGUGAAUAUUCACAUUGUCUGAAGGACUUCAGUGAACUCAGGACUCUGUGUGUAGAUAUGCUUGAUAUAUAGUGUGUGUAUGUUUGAAAGCUUGCCCUUGCAGGCAGAUAUCACCAGCAGAUCUUUGCGGCUCUUAAUGUACCCCGAUUAACCGUCCCCUCGUUCUUUUCAAGUAGAACUGAGUUUUGUUCAUGAAUCCUGACUCACUUUGGCUGGUCCGAUCACUCUGCUGUUAUUACGCAAAGGACAUUUGGAUUUUUGGAGGAGGCACAUUUCAUCAUCAGAGUCUUAAUGCUAAGCUAAACUAACCGCUUGGAGGCGUCAGCUUUGUCUUUAUACCAUACAGAUAAUCUCUAUUAACAGAUAUUUGAGUAUCAGCACAUGAAUGCAGAAUACGUAGGUAAUGGGAUAAGAUUUAGUUUUCGCAAGCGUUCUUGUUUUCGUUUGUAGUCGGUUUGUAGUUUGUGGUAUUGACCAAUUGCGUUUGAGGGAUUUGGCUGCACGCAGAUAAACAGUGUGUGUGGAGAGCAAAAGAGGCAGAAUGCAUCGGCCGAAAUGCAAUUUCAGAGUCCAUCGGCUAUAGUCUUUAGCUUUU